AUAAGUAACUUCGUGGAUACGACAGGUGUUGUGAGUGACCGCAAGGAAAAGUUUGAGAACUCUUGGUGCAUCAAACUGAUCUUAAUGUGAGAGACAGUUUGAAGUGGAAGCUCUGAUUAAGCGUCUUUUGCAUCCAGCUGUUUCCCAGGUGUUGAGCAACUGAUACUGUUUUGAGAUGUCUUUAGAAAUUCCGGAAAUAUUCAAAUCCUUGCUUGAGUUCCCCUUUUCUGUCCCUUCGCUUGAUGAAAACGAAAAUGAUAAAGAGAAAGUCUUUGAAGAUGUGGACUCUGGAGGGGUCAGUGGAAUGGGACCAUCAGCUGCCUUAACACCUGCCAUCUGGGAAAAGACCAUUCCCUAUGAUGGCGAGACCUUCCACCUGGAAUACAUGGAUCUGGAGGAGUUUCUCAUAGAGAAUGGCAUUCCUGACGCAGAGGAUGAGGGUUUGCAAAAGAUUCUUGCGAAAGAAAACGCACAGCUUAAAACUGAAAAAUCGUCCACGACCUUUACAAGCAAGACAGAGCCGGCGAUCUCUCUUAUGCCAGUCAUGGAGCUGGAUCAGUGUGAGGAGGAAGUGGUCUCAAUCACGGACGCCAAAUCAGAUGAGGAGCGUGUGACGCCAGAGCCCAUUAAUCCAGAUGAUAUCGAGGUAGAGGUCCCCUAUGAGCCAGAUCCCACAGACCUUGUGCUGUCCAGCAUACCUGGAGGUGAACUGUUCAACCCUCGCAAACAUCGCUUCUCAGAGGAGGAGCUGAAGCCUCAGCCUAUGAUCAAGAAAGCAAAGAAAGUGUUUGUGCCUGAGGAACAGAAGGAUGAGAAAUACUGGCAGCGGAGGAAGAAGAACAACGUUGCAGCCAAACGUUCACGCGAUGCCAGGCGCUUAAAAGAGAAUCAGAUCACCGUACGAGCAGCCUUUCUGGAGCGAGAGAACUCCGCUUUGAGACAGGAAGUGGCAGAGUUGCGCAAGGACUUUGGGCGCUGCAAGAACGUUGUGGCACGCUAUGAAGCCAAAUACGGACCACUUGCACCGGCUGAAGACUUCUAAACAUUUAUUGAUUUAUUUGCAUUUAUGAAAGGCAAUAAAUUAAUAAUGGUGAUGAUUGAA